GACAAAAUUAUUCGGUGAGUUGGAGGAGUUGAUGGCAGACAAAACCGACCCGUCGGAAAAAACGCACGCUAGAAUCACUCACACAGAGGAGAGAGAAAGUGAGAGCGAGUAGUUCCUUAGGAGAGAGAAUGGGGAAAAACCCUUUCUCCUUCCGCCGGACUCUCUCCCGUCGCCGGAAUCGAAAACUCCCGGCGAUGAUUCCUCCGGAAACCUCGGCGAUUGAAAUUGUUCAAACACCGAAAAAUGACGACAUCGCGGCAUCCUCCUCCUCCGCCACCACUUCCGCCGCCGUUGCAACGACGAGUAAAGUGAAGAAGAUGAAGGGAGGAGCGAGAUUGUGGAUGAAAUUCGAUAGGUUUGGACAGUCGGAGUUGAUUGAGUGGGAUAAGAGUACGAUUAUUAAGCGUGUUGGUAUUCCGGCUAGGGAUUUGCGGAUUCUUGGCCCUGUUUUCUCCCAAUCCUCCCAUAUUCUUGCAAGAGAAAGAGCCAUGGUUGUCAAUUUGGAAUUCAUAAAAGCCAUAGUUACUGCUGAAGAGGUGCUUUUGCUCGAUCCUCUCCGACAGGAGGUUCUUCCUUUUGUAGAUCAGCUUCGGCAACAGCUUCCUCAUAAGAACCAGGUUAUGAAUAGAGCAGGACAUGUAGAUGAUCGGGAUGGUAAACAAAGUUCCGCUGUGCAAUGGGCACGCACCCCUGAAGCUGUUGAAGGUGAGCAGCAAGAAGAGCUUCCUUUUGAAUUUCAGGUGCUAGAAAUUGCCUUAGAGGUGGUCUGUUUAUAUUUGGAUUCCAAUGUGGCUGAGCUUGAGAAGCAUGCUUAUCCUGUGUUGGAUGAAUUGGCUCGAAAUGUGAGUACCAAGAAUCUUGAACGUGUGAGGAGCUUGAAAAGUAAUCUCACUCGCUUGCUUGCUCGGGUUCAAAAGGUACGAGAUGAAAUUGAGCAUCUUUUGGAUGACAAUGAAGAUAUGGCUCAAUUAUAUCUUACGAGAAAGUUGAUCCAAUAUCAACAGUCUGAAGCUUUGUUGAAUUCUGCUGCUUCACAUUCCAUUGUUCCUGCACAGCAUGUUCUGCAUCGUAACAGUUCCUAUCGGAGUGGAAGUAUAAUGACCAGCAACUACUGGGAUGAUGAUGUUGAAGAUCUUGAGAUGUUACUAGAGGCUUAUUUCAUGCAGUUGGAUGGAACUAGGAACAAAAUAUUAUCUGUGAGGGAAUACAUUGAUGACACAGAAGAUUACGUUAACAUCCAACUUGACAACCAACGUAAUGAACUUAUUCAACUACAGCUCAAUCUGACAAUUGCAUCAUUUGCUAUAGCACUCGAUACCCUCGUAGCAGGAUUUUUCGGCAUGAAUAUACCUUGCAGCCUAUAUAAGAAAGAUGGUGUAUUUGGCUACGUUAUUGGAGGUGGUACAGCUUUUUCAUUUCUGAUUUUUCUUCUCAUUUUAGGAUAUGCCAGGUGGAAGAAGCUACUUGGCUCUUAAGUACUCAAUCCACAUUGUAAUUGCUGUUACGGCCCAUUUGGUAGCCAGUAAUAAAUGGUGGGAAUGAGAAUAAAUUUAAGUGACAUUCGGCAAGAAAAUAACAUCAUAAUGUCCAUGGUAAUGAAAUGUUGUCUCAAACUUGGUGUUUUUCUUCAUAAAUUUACAUUCCCACCUAAUACCACUCCCCAAAUGGUAAUGGAUGGUAAUGAAAAUUUAUAAAGAAAAAUAGAUAAUUUUGAGUAAACUAACAUUACCAUGAGUAUGAAUUUUGAUUUUUCUUACAAAUUUACAUACAAAUUCAUUCCCAUUGACAUCAUUUAUCGGCUACCAAACGUGUCUUUAAUGACUAUAGAGCAUAAUUACCUUUGAUAAAUGAUCAAUUUUAAAGAUGUCAACAUGUAAAUUACAACUACAUUGAUGAGGCAAAUGAAGCCUCUUAACUGGAUUACAUACUCUAUUUUAUCUGUGAACAAUACAUAAUUCUUGCUGAA